GCUCUGGAGCUACGAAUGCAUGCUCUUUCAAUUCAUCCAUCUGCCGACCGUGUACACUCUUUGAGCUUUUAAUAUAUAAUCUUGAGUUCAACUUUCUCGUCAUCAUUACCUAGCUCUCUUUUUAAGGGACGAUACUCUCGAAAUUACUUAGUGUGACGCAAUGGCCUCAAAAGACAAAUACUCGGUCCUCCUCCCGACAUACAACGAGCGUCGCAAUUUGCCCAUCAUUACGUGGUUGCUGGCAAAGACAUUCACAGAAAACAACCUUGAUUGGGAACUCAUCAUCGUCGACGAUGGCUCGCCUGACGGUACUCAGGAGGUUGCAAAGCAGCUUCAGAAAGUUUACGGCUCCGAUCGCGUCCUUUUGAAGCCUCGAGCUGGAAAGCUAGGUCUGGGAACUGCCUACGUUCAUGGACUUCAAUUUGCGCAGGGCAACUAUGUCAUUAUCAUGGACGCCGACUUCUCCCAUCACCCAAAGUUCAUCGCCGACAUGAUCCGGUUACAGAAGACCAUCCCCAACGGUGGAUAUGACAUUGUCACUGGCACGCGAUAUGCUCUUGGUGGCGGCGUUUUUGGCUGGGAUCUCAAGCGCAAGCUCUGCUCGCGCGGUGCCAAUCUACUAGCGGAUACAUUACUGCGACCGGGCGUCAGUGAUUUGACGGGCAGCUUCCGUCUCUACAAGAAACCCGUUUUGGAAAAGGUUAUUACGAGUACCGUCAGUAAAGGAUACACGUUUCAGAUGGAGAUGAUGGUGCGGGCCAAGGCCAUGGGCUACAGUGUGGCCGAGGUGCCCAUCUCCUUCGUGGACCGUCUUUAUGGCGAGAGCAAGCUUGGGGGCGACGAGAUUGUCGAGUACGCCAAGGGCGUUCUAAGCCUGUGGUUGCGAGUAUAGAGUUAUCUCCAUGUUCUUCUACUUUCAUCUGGGUUUGAUUGGCGUCCCUUAUGUUCUCCACCUGCAUGUUUCACAUUCUCUAAAUAUAUCCCAUAUUUCUUCUUAACCUUUCCCAUG